GCUGCUGCCGCCUCCAUUGUGAGCCAGGAGCCCGCGCUGAUCAGCUGCCGCUACCCGGAGGGGUGUGUGCGGGGAGAGCCCUUCCCUAGCGCCCCUCUGUGCCCAGCCGGGGGCGACUUUCUCCGGCGGCUGGAACCAGCCCGUGGGGCAGCCUCGGGCUCUGCCGACACCAGCCCCUGAGCCGGAGCCUGCAGCACAGGCAAUGAUUCAUCUAUGGAUUCUCUCUCUAUCCCAGCUGUGAGUGACAAGAAGGAGAACAGUCUGAGAUGGAGGAACCAUACAAGAUGUCUCUGACAAGAUCCAAAGGCAAUGUUUCUGAGAGCCCCGAGCAGGAAAAAUCCCCUAGGAGUCCAGGCGAAUCAGAAGCACAGCAGCAAAACACUCCAGAGGAAAGUAAAUCUGCUCACAGUGGGCGAGGUGUGAGGAAGCGCAAAGGCACCAUCGUCCGCCGGAGAACAUUCAUGGGGGAGAGGCCCAACAUCUGCAUUGAGUGUGGGAAAAGCUUCCUUCAGAGCUCAGACCUUAUUAACCAUCGGCGAAUCCACACGGGGGAGAAACCUUAUAAAUGCAUUGACUGCGGGAAAAGCUUCAGCAUCAGUUCAAACCUCAUCCGACACCAGAGAACCCACACGGGAGAGAAACCCUAUAACUGCCCCGACUGUGGGAAAAACUUCACGGACAAGUCGACCCUGACCCAGCACCAGCGGGUCCAUACGGGUGAGAAGCCCUAUAAAUGCAUUGACUGUGGGAAGAGCUUCAGCCGCAGCUCCCACCACAAGAGGCAUCUGAGGAGCCCUCCAGGGAAGAGGCAGAGCAAAUGCACCCACCGGGAAAGUACUGCUGUUGGGAAGGUCAAAGAAACCAAAGCAUCAAAGAAGAGAACCUCGACCGUUGAGCUCUCCAACACUUGUGCUGAAUGCUGGCAAAGCUUCAGCCAGAACUCGGACCUGGUCAAACACAUGAGGAUCCACACAGGAGAGAAACCCUAUGAGUGUCCCGACUGCGGAAAAAGAUUCAAUGUCAGUUCAAACCUGAUCAGACACCAGAGGAUCCACACAGGAGAAAAACCCUACACGUGCUCUGACUGCGGGAAAAGCUUCACUGACAAAUCCACUCUGACCCAGCACUACCGGAUCCACACGGGAGAGAAACCCUAUAUAUGCACGUAUUGUGGGAAAAGCUUUAGUCACAGCUCCCACCACAAAAGACAUGAAAAAAUCCACAAGGGAAGGAACUCGGUGUCCUUCCUGCCAUUGUGGCCCUACCCCACUCAAACGUUCUAAAGAACGGGGUGCAUACUAAAGAGCCAGAAGGCAGAUUGGUGUGAAUUAUAGAGAGAGAGAAAGUGAGCACUGUGUGACCUGGAGAGUAGGAACUGCUACAUGUCAUCAGACUGGCAGUCAAACUACUCCAGUCCCAUUUCCAAAAGUGGCUAUUAAUCACAUACCUCAAAGGAAGGUGUGAAACUCCUAUAAGGGACAAUUUUGCAAUAACCUGUCCAUGGGGGGAAAGUGGCUGCCUGUUCCCAGGCUGUUAAUUGGUUGGCUUAUGUCCUCAAUAUAAAGAUCCCUUAGAAACCUUUAUCCUAGCCAUGGUAACUGUUGAUGAUAUUUUUUAUCAUUCCCAUAGAUGUGUCUAAUUCCCUUUUUUUGGAAUCCUACUCUUGUUCUCCAUAACAUCUUGUCACGGUGAGUUCAACAUGCUAGCCAUGCAUUGUGUAAAUAGUAUUUCUUCUUGUCAGUUUUAAAUUAGUACCCAUUAUUUCACUGGGCAUCUCCUUUUUGUUGUACUGUGAGAGAGGGCAAGUGAGGAACUCAAUUUGCUGGUACUUUCUCUCUGCUGUUUAUACACCUAAAUCAUGUGCCCUCUUUUUCAUCCUCUCUCUAGACUAAAUAGUUCCAGUCUUUUCAUCCCCUUCUCAUACAGAAGUCUCUCCUGCCCUCUAACAAUUGUUGUCUCCUAUCUCUGAACCCCAUCUAAUUCUGCUAUAUCCUUUUUGAGAUGGGAUGACCAGAUCUGAAUGCAGUAUUCCUGGUUUGGGUGUCCCAUCAAUUUAUAUAGUGGCAUUAGAAUAUUCAGUAUUAUUUUCUAACCGAAUGUUUAUCCAUACUUUAUUUUUUAUCCACUAUUGCGCAUUGUGGAGAGGUUUUCACUGAUGUGUCUAGUAUGACUCCUGCAUCUCUUUCCUUAGUUGUUGCACUUAAUUUAGAUCCUAGCAGUGUGUAUGAGUAGAUGAUAUUGUCCCUUUUAGCGGGCCACAUGGUGCCAGCAACUUCCAAGCAGAACUCUCUCUUUGAAGUGAAGAGGGAGAUUAAAUAUAUAUUAGCAGAGACUUUCAAAGCAGCCUAAGGAGUUUGCAUGCACUGGGUGUGGUUUUCAAAAGCUCCUAAGUGAUUUGUAAUGGUAUUUAGGCAUUGUUCUGCUCAGCAUUGCAACACUUAAGGGUAUGUCUACACUACGGGAUUAUUCUGAUUUUACAGAAACCGAUUUUUGGAAACAGAUUGUAUAAAGUCGAGUGCACGCGGCCACACUAAGCACA